AAAGUACAGAAUGGGAAAAUGGACAGACAAACUUUACAUCACUCACUCUGAAUGGAGUGGAGAAGUUGGCCAACAUUCUGCAUCUUCUGGCACUCAGGGGCGAACCAAAGGAGCUGGCUUCAAACGCCUACCAUUCUAUUGCUGCUCAUUAUCCCUUCAACCAUUUGAACAUCCCGUUUGCACACCCGAAGGAAUUGUAUUUGAUCUCGUCCACAUCAUACCGUACAUCAAAAAGUUCGGCACAAAUCCAGUUACGGGCGAAAAACUUUCCACAAAGAACCUUAUUACCCUCAACUUUCACAAGAACGACAAGGACGAGUAUUAUUGCCCUGUCACCUUCAAGGUCUUUUCAGACCAUACAGCAAUUGCAGCCAUAAAAUCAACCGGAAACGUUUUUGCAUACGACACAAUCGAACGACUGAAUAUUAAGCCAAAGUAUUGGCACGACCUCUUGGAUGAUACACCAUUUACACGCAAAGAUAUCAUUAUGAUCCAGGAUCCACAUAAUCUCGAGAAUCGUAAUAUGGCUGAAUUCGAUUAUGUCAAAAACGAUCGCAAGAUUGUUAAUGCAGCUGAGGAAAGAGAACGUCGAAACCCAAUUAACAAUAUCAAUGUCAAGGGUAUUGGUGGUACAGCUGAACGUGUUCUUGCAGAAUUGAAGAAAAAGGAUACUGUGGUGGAAGACAAAUCAGAAGACACACCUGCCAAGAUCCCAACAUCUUUUCACCAAAAGAAAGAAGAAAAGGCUUAUAAUGCUGCUCACUACACAACCGGACAAGUAUCUUCCUCGUUUACCUCGACUGCCAUGGGACGUGUUACGGUCAAUGAACAAGCCUUGAUAGACGAAGAAGAAUUUAUGUACAAACACAUCAAGACCAAAGGGUUUGCACGCAUUGUAACCAACUAUGGAAACAUCAAUAUUGAACUCAGCUGCGAUCGUACACCACGUACAUGUCACAAUUUUGUCAAAUUGGCAAAGUCUGGAUAUUACAAGGAUGUAAUCUUUCACAGAAAUAUCAAGAAUUUUAUGAUCCAAGGUGGUGACCCUACUGGUACUGGCCUUGGGGGUGAGUCAUGCUGGAAGCAGGAAUUCCCGGAUGAGCUCAAGUUCAACAUGACACACAAUGAUCGCGGUCUCUUGAGUAUGGCAAACAAAGGAAAGGACUCGAAUGGAUCACAAUUCUUCAUUACUUACCGUCCGUGCACUCACCUGGAUAACAAACAUACGAUUUUUGGCAAGGUUGUGGGAGGAUUGGACGUACUAGAUAAACUCGAGGCAGUUCCGGUAGAUGAAACUGACCGGCCACUGCGUGAGAUCAAAAUGAAGGAUGUGGUUGUGUUUGUUGAUCCUUAUGAAGAAUAUGAGACCAAGCUAAAGAAGAAGCUCUAUCGACAGGCCAAUGGUGCUGCAAUGGAUGAAGCUGAGCGCAAGAAGAAAGAAAAGGAAGAAAACAUGGGCUGGUUUGGACCGAAUGUCACAAAAACCCAACAAAAAAAGGUGCCGUCUAUCACAGGCACUCGUCAUGCUGGGGUAGGAAAAUACCUUCAAUCGACAUCCACAAAACGAGAAUCAACUGAAAGUGAGGCGUCAGAAACCACAGAGCCUUUGACACCAAAACUGCCCGUGGCCAAAAAAGUCAAGGUCACAAGCAAAGGCUAUGGGAACUUUGACAAUUUUUAAAUAACAAUAAUAACAAUAAAAAAAAAGUAUUAAACAACUAU